GCUGUGUUUAAUUGUAGCCAGCAGGGGGAAGUUUUGGGGCUGGCGUUCAGUGACUGAGGUCUUUGCUUUUGAAGAAAUAAGCAACAGCGGAAUUAAAAGAUUUCAAGUCAGCGACGAAGGAAUGCUUCCGAACUUGCCGUUUUAGCCUAUAGUAGAGUACUGAAGACCAGCAAAUUAAUAUGAUGCUAACUAUUUUAGUCGCGAUCAUCCGUCGUAGAAGAAUAUGACGGUCAAGCAACCAAGACUGUAAAGGUGUCUUUAAAAUGCUGCCAGAUUGCGUUCUCAGAACAUACUAUAGACAACCGUAGAGGUUUUGUUUCUCUGGACAGUAUAAAGACUGAAGAAAAAUGUGUUUUACUUUAUAUAUCGCAUGUUUUAUUGUAAUUGGUUCGUAUCGAUAGUUACGUAGUUGGCUGAACUGUUUACAGUAUCUGGGUUGUAUAAUUAGCCUACAUAUUUUGCAGCGAAUUGUAGCAUCCCUUUGUUUUAUUUUACGACCGAGGCAAACGACUUUUAUUAGACCAUUUAAUAGAAAAGCAACACGCGUACACUGAAAAGGAUAAGACUGAAUCGGAAGAACGACAGCGAGGAAUGGCCAGUUUGUCGGCAGAAGAAGAGCAGGCCACAAAGCAGUUCUUGGAGGAGAUAAACAAGUGGACCACACAGCAUGGAGUCUCGCCUUUGUCCUGGAACGUGGCCGUCAAGUUCCUUAUGGCUCGCAAGUUUGACGUCCUGCGAGCCAUCGAGCUCUUCCAUAGCUACAGGGAGACGAGGUUGAAGGAGGGGAUCGUGAAGCUGCAGCCGCAGGAGGAGCCCCUAAGGUCUGAGCUCCUGAGCGGGAAGUUCACCGUGUUGAGCGUACGGGACCCCUCGGGUGCCUCCAUCGCCCUCUACACGGCCCGGCUGCACCAUCCCAACCGGACGGGCAACCAUGUGGUUCUGCAGGCGCUGUUCUACCUGCUGGACCGGGCCGUAGAAAGCUUUGAGACACAGCGGAAUGGCCUGGUGUUCAUCUAUGACAUGGCCGGCUCCAACUACAACAACUUUGAACUGGACCUGAGUAAAAAGAUCCUCAAUCUGCUCAAGGGGGCGUUCCCGGCCAGGCUGAAGAAGGUUUUCAUCGUCGGGGCGCCGGUCUGGUUCCGGGUGCCCUAUAACCUGCUCAGCCUCCUGCUGAAGGAGAAGCUGAGGGAGAGGGUGCAGAUGGUGAAGAUGGCGGACCUGAGGCAGCACCUGCCCCGGGACUGCCUGCCGGAGCACCUGGGGGGCCUGCUGUCCCUGGACGCGCACGGCUGGAACCAGCAGCUCCUGGCGGGGCAGAACGGGCGCGCGGACCCCGUGGACGAGCUGGUGGGCAUCCCGCUGGGGGAGUCCUCCAUCCACACGGCCGGCCCCGAGGCCGUCAGCCUGACCGAGUUCACCGCCCUCGUGGGCCACGCCCAGCGCGCCGGCAUCUACGACGAGUAUGAGGAGAUCCGCAAGGAGGCCCCGCCCGGGACCUUCCACUGCGCCCUAGCGGCGUCCAACCAGGAAAGGAAUCGCUAUGGAGACGUGCCGUGCCUGGACCAAACACGCGUCCGCCUCAAACCCAGGAGGAACGAGAAAUCUGACUACAUAAACGCCAGCUUUAUGGAUGGGUACAAACAGAAGAAUGCCUACAUUGGAACUCAAGGACCCCUGGAGAAAACAUACGCCCACUUCUGGAGGAUGAUUUGGGAGCAGAACGUCCUGGUCAUUGUUAUGACAACCAGGACGGAUGAGGGCGAAAGGAGGAAGUGCGGUCAGUACUGGCCGCUGGAGGAGGGCGGGCAGGAAGUCUACGGACACAUCGCCGUGGUGAACCAGAGGGUGGACAACCACGCCCACUACAACCAGACAACACUGGAGCUGCACAACACAGAGAACUGUGAGCAGAGGCAGGUGACCCACUUCCAGUACCUGAGCUGGCCUGAUUACGGGGUGCCCACAUCCGCCGUCACGCUAAUCCACUUCCUGGGGGCGCUGAAGAGGCAGCAGAAGAAGGCAGUGCUGGCUAUGGGAUCCCAGUGGAGGGGCCACCACGCAGGACCUCCCAUCGUUGUCCAUUGCAGUGCUGGGAUUGGCAGGACAGGUACACUCUGCGCCCUGGACAUCUGUCUGUCCCAGCUGCAGGAUGUGGGCACUGUGAACAUCUACCAGACGGUGCGCAGGAUGAGAACACAGAGAGCCUUCAGCAUCCAGACCCCAGAACAGUACUACUUCUGCCACACUGCCAUCCUAGAGCACGCCCAAAAACAGGGCAUGCUCACAGCCAAUCAGUGAGCCCCUUCCCGCACACCAGCCAAACACAGGCAUCAGAGGUGGUCAUGACUCUCCCAGCUCCUCCUCUUCUUGUGUUUUUUUUUUUUUUGCUUUUUCUUGUUUUUCCUGGCAGUAGCCAUCAGCAGCAGCAGGUCAAGGCUGAAUAGUGAGAUCUAGCGAUUUGCAUAAGGGCCCAUGACACAGUCGGGCUUGGUCUGGCUGAACCCACUGCUACGACCACCAGCACCUUCACCUUAAUGGGAAUCUGGUGAAAAAAGCUGUAGAUCUCUAGACAUGCUGUCCAUGUCUUAAUCGUUGUCUGUUCUCAGUGGUGUAAACAGUGAAGGUCUGUCCAAACUCGGUGUGGUAUUUUGUGACCAAGGGUACUUGUGGUGACUGAUGAUUGAAUUUGAUUGUCAUUUGCUUCUUACUAAUCGACCACCUUUAAGUGCAGCUUCUUUUGUUAAAUCUUUUGUUAAAAGACUCGGGCAGUUGGCUGUAUAGCAGGAGGAAAUGCCACUCUGUUAAGGAUUCAAGCCAAGCUCUUGUCAAACCAGGAGAAAAAGGGGGCUGUGUUGCAAACAAAACACAGAAAAAACUGCCUUAACUUUGUGAUCAAAUUUGUGUCACUGUGGCUAAAAGCUUUGCAGGAGAUUGCCUCUCCCCUAAUUCCCAGUCCAUACUUGUUAAUAAGAAGUCUUGCCUCAGUUAUGUUCUCUUAAUCCAAUAUGCAGUCACCGAGCAGCCUUCUCAUGCACCCUCACAAUCCUGAUUCGUUCUUGCAUCCAUUGUCAUGGUUGCACAAGCAAAGCUAUGCUCUUGACAAAUAGGGUCUGUACAACCCAACCGCAGCCACUUCAUUGGGUGUUUGACCUUUGCCCACCGUAGGUCACCGAAUGUGAACUGCAGGGGUGAAACUCUAGUAACAAUAUCUAGUGCGUUUAGAUCAUUUCAUUUUUUUUUAAUUGUGUGCCAUUCAGGGAUCGACAGAAGAGAUGAGCGCAUGGGUGAUUGUGUCCAGUUUGGGAAAAUUCUUUGAAAGUGAAGUGUUUUAUAUACAGCUGGUCGUCAGAAUAACCAGCUCCAUGUUAAGAGGUAAUUACUUGUGCUUCGGUGGUUCCACAGGUUUUUGUGGAAGUGACCGUAUGUUGGAUUGUGUUUUGGCAAAAACUGACAAAACCGAGUAGGUAGGAUAGGGUACUGAAACAAGUGGGAUGUAAACCUAAAUAUCUCCACUCUCAAUUUAUAUAAUGAUUCCAGUUAAUGUUCCAACAGCCUGUACCUCUACUUUCUGCACCGUUUGGGUCAGUUAAAUAAGAAAAACACACCCUAUGGAAUAAGAUGUAAACCAUCAGACCAAAUGUGUAGUCUUUGCGGUCCAAAAAUACAUCAAUUGAUUAAAUUCCAGCACCUCUGUGUUUUUGUAAACUCACAUUUUUUUCUGUAUGGUUUUGGAGCGGGCCUGACCGGGUCAUGCCACCAGGGUUCUCCUUUUUUAUUUCCGUGUUUUGGACCACUUUUUUUAAAAACCCUGGUUGUAUUUGAACACCGGACAUAUUGCUGCGGUCCCUUUGAUAAAUGGCCAGCCACCAUGUUCAGGCUGGCUCAUUAUAGCCCUUUCCCACUAUAGAGCUGGAACCAGGCUGGCUCAAACUCCGAAGCCCUGCAGAUGAGCUGUGCAGUGUGGAGUACACAAUAUGCAGCUGCGCAGGCAGACUUCAGCCACCUGAGGAACCGGAGGCAGUCUCUGGUGCAGGGGGAGGUGGGGACAAUCCCACUGACAUCUCCCUCCUGCUCUGGGUGAUGUCAGGGCUAACUGCACCUCACCUCGGGCUACUGCCGGUCUCAGUCCGCCCUGGACACAGUCUGGGUUGCAUCCAUUUUCUAGCACUUCUGAGAAUGUGAUGUGACCUUUGACCUGUGCCACAGGACAAGGAACAAACUGGUUUCUCCCAUCUCUCCCAUCCCCUUCUCCAUAGUGUGUAGUGGAGUCUUCAAAGACAGCCAUGUCCAAGCACUUUCACACAGGCAUUCCAUUUGUGCUUUCUUUUGCUAUAUUCAUUUUUUGGUGUACUUUUUAGAAACCAUAUAUUAAAUGUAUAAAUAAUGGCUGUAGUCUUGUUGCGGUAAUGUAAGUGUAGAUUUUGGGGACAGACUUCUGAAUAGCUCGCCUGAACCAGUGGUCAGAAUCCAUAUUUUUGGGGGAGUAAAAAGAUAAUUGGCGCUCACGGCUGGAGGGCUAAGAUGGUGUUUUGUGGUUUCUGAUUGUCAUGUGAACAAAUGAGUUCUUUGCUACUGAAUUCAUAUUGAAUUUUCUUGUAGUGAAGUGCCACUGAAAGUCACCCAUUCACAUUUACGUGCUUAUAGUUACUCUGUAAUUGUGUCCCUUCAUCAAACGGGCCCCAAAUACAGCCUAGCUUUAUUUUUCUGUUUUAUUCAAUGCUUUUUUUUCUUUAUUUUGUUAUUCAAACUUUGACUAAAUAUGCUUAAAUUAUAUUUAAAUGACAGCUGUUGAAGGUUUUGUUUAGUAUGAUUAUUAUAAAAGAAUCAGGCUACUGUUGUAUUACAUGCCAUGUCUGUUCAUUUCUACAUUAUCAGCAGUUCCCAUUUCUUAAGGACCAAGUUUCUCCAUCAUGUUAAAACUUGCUAUUGAACAACAGUCUUUAAUUUCAGAAGGAAAACCAAAAAAGGUAUGAAUUCAUUAAAUGGAAACAGUCAUUA